AUGAAGAUGCUGCUGGCUGUGGUCGCCCUGCAGCUGCUCCUGGCUCCAGUGCAAUCGGGCCCGGGCGGGGACUCGUGGGACGCGUGGGGCCCGUACGGAGAGUGCAGUCGCAGCUGUGGCAGUGGAGUGACCAUGAGGACCAGGCGCUGCAUCACUCACAGAACGGACGGAGGACACAACUGUGUGGGGCCUGAGAAAUCGUACAGCUCUUGCAACAUCCAGGACUGUCCCGAGGGCUCCAAGGAUUUCCGUGAAGAGCAGUGCGCCCAGUUUGACGGCACAGACUUCCAGGGCAAACGUUACAAGUGGCUCCCCUACUACGGAGCUGGAAACCCGUGUGAGCUGAACUGCAUGCCUCGAGGGGAGAACUUUUACUACCGCCACCGCAGCGCCGUGGUGGAUGGGACGCCCUGCCAUCCGGGCCGCAAUGACAUCUGUGUGGGCGGCGUCUGUAAGCGUCUCGGCUGUGACAACAUGCUGGAGUCUUCGCAGCAGGAGGACCCCUGCCUGCAGUGUGGGGGCACCGGACAAACCUGCCGCCAGGUCAAAAGCAGCUUCAGCACACGAGAGCUGCCCAAUGGCUACAACCAGAUGUUCAUUAUCCCUGUUGGAGCCACCACCAUCAGCAUCAGGGAAUCUGUGGCCACUCGUAACUACCUGGCUAUCAAGAACCUCAGGGGUGAGUACUACCUCAACGGCCACUGGGUGAUUGAGUUUUCCAGAGCCACUCCGAUCGCUGGGACCGUCCUGUACUACCAGAGAGGCGCUGAAGGUGACAACGUUCCAGAAACCAUCAUCGGCCGUGGACCCACCACUGAGCCACUGGUGGUGGAGUUGAUCAGCCAAGAGCCAAACCAGGGAGUGGAAUAUGAGUUUUACCUCCCCAAAGGGCGCUCCACUCAAGGGUACUACUGGAGUUACGGGUCCUGGUCGAGCUGCAGCAAAGACUGUGGAUCAGGAUUCCAGUCUCGUUCGGUCUUCUGCACCAUCGAUCACGAGGUGUAUCCUGACUACCUUUGUGCCUCUUUGCCUCGACCUCAGACCAACAGAACCUGCAACCCCCAGGAGUGUCCUCAGGUCCACAGCUGGAAGACGGGUGAGUGGAACACCUGCUCCGUCACCUGUGGAGGCGGCUCUCAGGUGCGCUCAAUGCAGUGCAUUACCCAGGAUGCAUUUGGGCCACGUGUGGUGGAGGAUGCUGUGUGUGCAGCCUACUCAGAGGCGCCUCCUACCAUGCAGACCUGCAACAUGCAGCAGUGCGCGCAGUACCGCACCACCAGGUGGAGUCCGUGCUCAGCGACCUGUGGGUCCGGGGAGCAGACGCGGGAGGUGACCUGUGUGGGCUCUGGGGGCAUGAGGCUGGAGGAGACGGUCUGUGCCACUCUGCUCAGACCCCCCGCCAUCAGGGCCUGCCAGGCAGCCCCCUGUGCUCGAGAUGUCCGCUGGCACGUCGGGGCAUGGACCCUGUGCUCGAGGAGUUGUGGCUCCGGCUCUCGGGAGCGGCAGGUGAUCUGCUCGGAUUCUGAGCGACACCUGUACCCAGUGGGACAGUGCAGCGCACAGCCCAAACCUGCCACCGUGGAGCGCUGUAACACCCAGCCCUGCUACAGCCCUCAGAGUGUGCCCAGUGUUCAGGACCCUCGCGGACAUGACAUCACUCAGACUAACUUCCAGCCCUAUGUCCCCGAAACUACAGUUCAGCAAAGAGACUCCAUGAACACCAAUACAACAAACACAGUACAGGACCCUCAUAGCUCCGCCCCUGCCCUCCACUGCAGCCAAUCACGUUACGGCUGCUGUCCUGAUGGGCGCACCUCAGCGGGAGGACCACAGGGACUGGGCUGCCCCCAGAUCCAGACCUCCACCACACCCCUGACCUCCUGUCUCCAGAGCAGUCACGGAUGCUGCCAGGACGGAGUGACGACUGCUUUGGGCCCAAACGGAGAGGGCUGCUCAGAGCAUGUGGCCCCAGCUCCCACUGUGGCAGCAACUCUCCCGACUGAAAAUGCCAGGCAGUGCAGACUGACGACCUAUGGAUGCUGCUUUGACCGGACUUCAGUUGCAGCUGGACCCAAUGGAGAAGGGUGCCCUGAUCCACCCAGCAACAUCGAGCGCUCCAUCUGCUCUCUGCCCCGUGCCGCCGGCUCCUGCUCCAGCUGGACACCGCGCUACCACUACGACGUCCUCUCCUCCAAAUGCCUGCACUUCUGGUUCGGCAGCUGCCACGGCAACAACAAUAACUUCAUGACCCGGGCCGAGUGCCAGAAGGCCUGCCAGCCUCCCACCCCGAGCCAAAUGGGUCCCUCCCCGGUCUCUCUGCCCAGAGAAAGAACCACCUCCACAGCAGCGCGUCCCUCGGCAGGAUCAGGGGCUGGGAGGGGUGGGUCUGCGGGGGCCCGGGAUCCCAGCAUGGGCCGAGUGUUCACUGUGCAGAGUGGCUCCAGGUACGGGACAAACGCCGCUACACACGCCCACAGAGCCCGGCUUGGGAUGAGGGCGCGGCACACCUCCGAGCCUGCACCCGCUCCCGCCGCAGCACACACCGGCCCCGCAGCCAGUUUAACCCUGGGAGGAGUGAGUAUUGAUAAGUCAGAUCCGGACACAGUGGAGGCUCUGGUGGGACAGACCGUGGUGCUGCCGUGUAGAGUGAGUCCUCUGCCCUCGUCCACCGUCUCUGUGGAGUGGAGGAGAGACGGCCUCGCUCAGUCCACCAGCAGACACCACCAGCAGCCCAACGGCUCCCUGCUGGUCGGCCCUUUACUCAAGUCAGACAAGGGCUGGUACCUGUGCGUCGCGACCAGGGACCAGGACAGGGAUCACCGCUACAUUUACCUUUCUGUCUCUGAAGGAGCCGCUCCUCUGGAUCCCUCACUGCCCAGCGACAGCCCCUCCUCAAAAUUCAGCAUCGAUCAGAGCGACGCGUCUGUGCUGGAGCUGCGAGAAGGACUGACCGCUCGGCUGACCUGCACCGUGCUCCCUCCUUCAGCGCUGCAGACGGUCAACAUCCAGUGGACCAGGGACGGACGCACACUCACCGACUCUAGGGUCACUCAUGUUUCCGAUGGGACUUUAAUCGUGGGUCCACUGAGGUCUGAUGAUUCUGGUCUUUACACCUGCACUGUGUCGAGUCCACAGCAGCUGGAGCAGAGGCAGAUACAGCUCAGAGUGCAAGCUGACUUGAGGAUCACCACUGCUCCUAAUAACAUUGAAGUGUCUGAAGGCAGCACAGCUCUUCUGCCCUGUGUCGUGUCCGGGGACAACGUCAGUAUUCGCUGGUCCAGAAAUGGCGUCCCAGUGAGACCAGACGGACGGAACCUCCUGGUGUCGCCUGAUGGCAGUCUGAUCAUAAACAGAGUGAAGUCCUCUGAUGAAGGCACCUACAGCUGCAACGCCUUCACUGGGAUCUACUCUGUGAGCGCCACUGCAGACGUGCGGGUCCUCAAGGAAGCCACGCAGGAUAACGAUGUCCCCGAGGACUGCGUGGACCAACCAGAGCUCGCCAACUGUCAGCUGAUCGUGUAUGCUCGCCUCUGCUCCAACCAGUACUACUCUGGCUUCUGCUGCGCCAGCUGCACCAAGCACCUGCGCAGCGACCGCUUCAAACGCUACGGGUAG